AUGAACUGGGAGGAAUUUCGCGUCAAUGGAAAAGAGCUGGUGGACUACAUCACCGACUACCUGGAAACGAUUCGAACGCGGCGCGUCUUCCCCAACGUCAAGCCCGGCUACAUGAAGGCCCUCCUGCCCGAGUCGGCGCCGGUCAACGGCGAGAGCUGGGCGGCCAUCUUCGGCGACAUCGAGAAGGUCAUCAUGCCGGGCAUCACCCACUGGCAGUCGCCCUUUAUGCACGCCUACUUUCCGGCGCUCAACUGUCCCGCUUCGCUGCUCGGCGACAUGCUCGCCAAUGCCAUCAACUCUCUGGGUUUCACCUGGGCGUCAUCGCCUGCCGUCACCGAGCUGGAGAUCAUCGUCAUGGACUGGCUGGGCGAGAUGAUCGGCCUGCCGGGCGAGUUUCUCCACAGCAAGUCCAACGGCAACGGCGGCGGCGUCAUCCAGACGACCGCCUCCGAGGCGACCUUCAUCGCCCUGCUCGCCGCGCGCACCGAGAUGAUCCGCCGCGUGAAGGACGAACUGGAGGACUACGCCUCGCUGGAGGACGCCUACAUCAACAGUCGCCUGGUGGCGUACUGCUCCGACCAGGCGCACUCCUCCGUGGAGAAGGCCGGUCUGAUUGGGCUGGUGAAGAUGCGCUACAUCGAGUCGGAUGAGCACUACUCUCUGCGCGGCGACCGCCUGGUGGAGGUCAUCAGGGAGGACCGGGCGCAGGGGCUCAUACCGUUCUUCCUUUGCGCCACACUGGGCACCACCGGCGCCUGUGCCUUCGACCACCUGAAAGAGCUGGGGCCGAUUGCGCGCGAGGAGAACAUCUGGAUUCACGUGGAUGCCGCAUAUGCGGGCACCGCCUUCAUCUGUCCAGAGUACCAGAGCUGGCUGGACGGCGUGGAGAUGGUGCAGAGUUUGGCCUUCAAUCCCUCCAAGUGGAUGAUGGUCCACUUCGACUGUACUGCAAUGUGGGUUCGCAACAGCAGCUCACUGCACCGAACCUUUAACGUCGACCCGCUGUAC